GAGCCAGGAUGAGGGGGGAGAUGACGUGAAAGUUUAAGAAGACUGAAAGAAAAACAAGAAGAGAAGAGUUCGCGGCACGGCUGGGCAUAAAGCCUGGAGAGGUUGAACCAGAAUGUCUUCUGAAGGCUUUCUGAAGGAAAUGCAAGCCAUCGGUGAGAGGUUUCUCCUUAAGCUCCAGAGACUGCCCAAGGCUGAGCCGGUGGAGAUUGUGUCCUUUUGUGUGGUUCUUCUGUUUAUCGUUACUGUUCUGGUGCUCAUGAUCAUUGCCUGCAGUUGCUGCUGCUACAGCUGCUGUGGCUGCGAUGGACGUCCCGACCACAGACGGAGGAAGAUCCAAGUCCGCCCAGCUGCCCAUUCAUGAAGUGCAACAAGAGCUGACACAACCUACCAUCAAGGACAUACAUGGACAUUAUGAUUCAGUCCUAUGAGAAUGACCUUCUGCACUAGCUCCCUGAAAAUGGCAACAACAAUAUUAAUUAACAUGACUCAGAGGACCAGAAAUCCCAGGAUGGAAUUCCUUCUUUCUGCGACAGCCAGUGCUGAGCUCCGUGGUGCGAUCAGGAAGGUAACGCUACCUCACCAUCACUGUCUUCCCUCUUCUGGGAGGUGGGUGGGGAUGCGUGGACACACGCUGCUAAAAAACAGACACACUUUCCCAAUGGCAGCCCUGCAGCUGGGCCAGCCAAGGAUUCCCACUGUGAGCAGGAAAACCUGCUCUCUUAGAAGCCACCUGCAAGGGACACAUUCAUCUGCUGAAGACAACAAAUUGUGGACCUUCUGAUCCAGACAUGCCAGCUGAGGCUCCGAGUCGAGCUGGUAACAAAUCCUCCCUGCUGUAUUUCAUCAGUGCUACCAUGAUGUGAAAUUCCCAAAGAGAAAAAUCAGACUGUGUGCAAUACCCUUGGUAAACAGAAUGAUGAAGGCAAAAGGGAAAGACUCACCAACAUCAUGGUUUCAUUUGAUCAUUCUCCUGGUAAACAUGCUCGCUCCCUCCCCCCUGGCAUGGCAUUCGGUUCUGCCCUUCUGCAUAUUGCAGGUGAAUUUUCCUUACAGAACACAGGAGUUACAGGAGAUGAAACAAACCCCAAUCCUUACUGGCGGGACCCGUGUGCCUGACUCCCUGCACUGUGUGCAGUUUAUUUUAGUGGACAUAAACAUUGUGCCUAAGGUAUGUUCAUCGGCAUACACAGCGGCAUUGCAGAGGACUGAGUGCGGUGCGGGAACCCUUGCUGCAGGGUGUGCACGCAGCAGCUGGCAGCGGACAUUGUGACAAAGCGGAGACAAGAACACGCUGUCCGGCUGAAGUUAACAAGUGCAAAUAAAUCCCCUUUUCAUGCUGCAGCCACUGUGUACGUUUGGUUUACACUUCAGUGAACUUCAGGAAGGGAUUUAUGUAAGUGCGAGGCUGUGGCGCAGGCCGCGACUUUCAUAACUGGGACAGCCAGAGAGACCAUCAUCCUGCACCUACCACUGUACUGGGCUCUGAGCCCCUAAUGUGAAAACAACCACCUUUAUGAGAAGGUAUAAAAAGUUACAUGUGUAUAGCAGGGUGAAGGACAGCAUGUCACAAGUACAGGAGGCGUCUUCAGUUCUGGAAGACCUAAAGAAUCGGAUUAUGACAAGUGACUGGGCUCUUGGAGGGCUAGUGGUGAUUUGCAUCUUCUGCUUUGUCUUUAUCAUUCUCCUCUUAUUUGCUGGCACCUUUGGGUGCUGCUCAUCUCCAAGGCGCAGACGGAGUCGCACAUAAACAGCCAAGCUGAGAUGUAGUACUUGGAGCCCUGCAGCUAAGCAAGAAUCAGCACAGCUACAACUCCAUUGCAUUGUUCAUAGAAAGCUUUCUGAUCUUUUCUCCCUGGGGAUUAUUUCUCCUCGUGCACCUUUCCUGCAUCAAGAGCAACACACCAAUGCCAGCAAGUUGUUCUGCAAGUCCACAGCAAACUUGGUACAUAAGGCUGUCUGUAUUCAGGAGCUGUGUGACUAGCCAAACACCAAAGUCAACUCAUCUCUGCCUGAUUUUCAUCUUCCAAGAAAAACCACCGGUUAGAGGUGGCAAAGGAUCAGUCACCACCUAAAACUGAUAAAGAUGCUUCCGCUGCUGCAGUUACAUGGGUUUUUUUUCCAUCUUGCAAGUGGGCAACAGGAAACUCUGACCAGUAAAAGCUUUGUCUAAACCCACUCUCUAAAAGCAGCUUACAUCAUUGUUCUCCUGUCAUACUCAGACAAUAGCCUAAAUAUACCAUGCAAAAACUUGCUUGCCAUUA